UUGUAGAGUAGAAUUUAAGAAAAAUUAACCCAACCCUGUAUAUAUAUUAGUUCGGCUUCAGCUAUUGUAGCGAUAAGUCGUGUUAUUGUUACGCACCUGUGAAUCCGGUUUUCCUUAUACAUAUAGUUCUAUCGUAUUUAGUUGUAUUUCUCUAACUCGCAUAAGUAGUCUCGCAUAAUUUUUUGUUUUUAAGUUUCCGUAUGCCCAAUUCACCGGGUGGACCGGGCCGUCCACCUAAUAACGGUUCUGGCCCCAUAAAAGUAACUUUGCACAAAAAUCGAAAAGACUCCGACGAAUGGUCAACUGCCAGUGCGAAACGUAAGUCUAAAAAACUUCCUACCAGCCCGGUUUCUCCGAAUCUACAAUACCUAUUAGAUAAUCAACCGCAACUACUCCCAGCUAACAUACAAUUUCAGUAUAAUAUUAACGAUUCGGCCGAUAACAAUGAAACUAGUACGGCAUAUCUUAAUGAUGCCAUUACGCUAACGUCAGAUAGAAAUUCUAAUACUAUGGAUAUCGAUAAUGUUAUGAAUAACAAUAGCGACCUUGAUAUAUACAACACAAAUACGCCAAAUAAGGUAAACAUUGAUUCUGAAACAGUACAUUUGUCUACCGUUAAAAAAAUUACUAGUAAUUCGAAUGGGGAUUCUAAUCUGAAAUCUUUUUCAAAAAAUUUUAACGGGACUCCGGUAAUUCUCGUUGAAUCCACGGUUAGCGACCAAAGUAUCGGCAAAUUACACCCGCUAAAAAUUGGGAAACUUUUCCACAACAAAUUCGGCGGUAUAAAACAAAUAACUCCCAUUGGAUCCAGAGUUAAAGUUUUAUUUGAUUCUAUCAAAUCUGCCAAUGCUUGCCUUAAUUCUAACCUUCUCCCUGGUAUGAACGUAAAAGCUUCAAUCCCGUCUACUCUAAUUUACUCUCACGGUAUCAUCCGCCUGGAUACCUCAACAACAGAGGAGGAAUUUUGGGAAGGUAUCGAAUCGCCGGUUCCUAUUAGUGGUUUUCGUCGCAUAUUUACAAAACGUAAUUCUAAUACCCCAACCCAAACUAAUUUAGUAGAACUCAAGUUCCUUUCUUCAAAACUACCAGAAAAAAUAUCAAUAUUUAAAGUCAUAUUCACGGUUUCUCCUAGCAUCCGUUCGCCUGUUAUCUGUAAUAAGUGUCUUCGCUACGGACACACAGCCAAAUUUUGCAGAAGUAAGGCACGGUGUGCCUGUUGUGGUGCUAACGAUCAUAUUGCCACCGAUUGCCCUAUUAAAGACAACUCUACCCCAUCAUGCUUACAUUGCAAAGGAUCCCAUGAGGCUACAGAUCGCUCAUGUCCUGAAUGGUCCCGUCAAAAGGAGAUUAAAAAAAUNAUUGUUCCCUUCAAAAGGAGAUUAAAAAAAUCAUGGCUGUUGAAAACAUUUCGUACAACGAUGCCAUUUUUAUAUUUAAGAAUAACAUUGUUAAUAAAUCUAAAACUUUUUCGAAUAGUGUUUCAAACAAUGCAAAUAUUAUAA